UUUCGGCUGCUGCAGCCACAAUUCAGUACAGUUUUCAGUUUCAUUGUGAAAAUGUGCGUGGCUGCGAAUAGCGAAAAGUUAAGAGAAUUUGAGUGCGCGCAAUAAUUGAAAAUAAUAAUUUCUUUGUUAUUCCGCGAAAGUACUACUCCCAACUUGCACUGGAAAAAGUGAAAUCACUUUGCUUUUGUCUUUUUGAAAAUGCACAAUAAAUUGUGAAAAUAAUAUUACGAAAAGUUGUUGAUAAUUAAGUGGAGAAAGUGAAGUCUCAACAAAUAAUAUGAUUUGGGAAAGAAAAGGAAAUUAAUUAUGGUGUUUAGUAAUUGAAAACACUUCAUCACAAUUAAUCCACAAAGCGAUAUUCUAAGUGCAACUUUUUCAUUGCCUCUUGUUGUUUAUGCUAGCAGCAGCUGAGCUAAUAGCAAUUUCAGUUUAUCAACAAGCAGCAAGGAAGCAGGCACAUACAUACACACGCAUAUAAAUCAAACAAAACAAAAGCAACAACAAAAACAGCGCUAAGGAAAUUUAUUUAUUUCACACCGAAUGGGUGGCGGUGUUGUAUUUCUAAUUGUCGUGCCGACAGCGAAUUUCGAACGCGAGCUCAUUUAUGGCUUCUCACCAGUUGGCAACAAUGAAUUGCCACCGCCGGCACCGUCACAUCGCGCACCAUUACCGCCAACCAGCGCCGCCACCGUCACUACAGCAGCUGGUAAUAAUAAUCUGAACAUCAAUCUUCCGGAGAACAACAACAACGGCGUGCUACGUCUCGAAGUAGAGCUACGUGAUAAGCAUGCACCGAAGUAUAAGCGCGGCAUGGGACGCGGAGUUGGCGGUAUGGGUGCUGGACGUGGCCAAGUUGGUGGUGGUGGCGGCGGCUUUGCAGGUGGACCAGUUGUAGGUGGAAGACGUGCAUCACCAAAGGCAGCGGAUGAUAAGAGUGCAAUGGUGCCACUAGAAAAGGUGCUCGAGGAGCUACUAACCAAACUGGAAAUCGAGCAUGUCACUUGGACAACAAGUCGUAAGGGCUACUUUCAUCACGUUGUCUUUCCGCUGCCAUCGGGCGAGCCAUGCGAGACGACGCUGCACUGUCUAACACAACUGGGCAUCGGUACGAAAUUAAAUUCCAGUGUAAGCAUCAUACCGUGCAGUGUCACUUACGAUGCGCUCAGCGAUGCUGUCAACAAGGAUGACUACAGUGACGAUCCCACCGCCGAAGAGCUAUCCAAAUGGAAUGCCUUUGUCGAAUCAAUUAAAUCGAAACUAACCGUGAAACAAGUGGUCGAUGGCGUACGUUCUGGUGGUUCGUUGUCGUUCGAUUAUCUGCUCUUGAUUGUGACCGCUGACUCCUUGGCCGCUUUGGGCUUGAUUGAGAAUAGUGCAACAAAUAUUGUCGCUGCCAUGUUAGUUUCACCACUCAUGGGUCCCGUAAUGGCGAUUACUUUUGGAACAAUUAUUUCAGAUCGGCAAUUAGUUCGCACUGGUUUCAUAACGGUCGUUACUGGCAUGUUUAUAUCGAUACUAUUCGGUUUUAUUUUUGGCUUACUUUUGGGUACAACCGAAAUGCCUUGGGGUUCGGGUGAUUGGCCAACAGAGGAAAUGAGUAGCAGAGGCAACUCACGCUCCUUGUGGAUGACCAUUUUUUGGGCGCUGACAUCGGGCACAGGUGUGGCUGUGGCUUUGCUACAAGGCGCCGCGGGGCCGCUGAUUGGCGUUGCGAUUUCCGCUUCACUGCUGCCGCCAAUGGUAAAUUGUGGUCUCUAUUGGGCAUUGGCUUGCAUUUGGCUUAUAUAUCCUGGCAUACGUAUACCACACUUGAAAGACGAACCGUUGAACGGCACCACUGCGUAUCCAUUUCUCUACACGAAUUAUUUACCAACGGAAUUUUUCAUUAAUGGCAUUAUAUCUUCGCUGCUAACGGUUAUUAAUAUAAUUUGUAUAUUCAUUACGGCAAUUAUUGUUUUGAAGAUCAAAGAAGUUUCGGCACCCUACACUGCAAGUCCGGAUUUGAAACGUUUCUGGGAGACCGAUUUACGUACAGUGCGAAAAACGAAUCGUUCGACAAUACGACGCGGCAAAGGUGGCUAUGGCGACAGUGGCGCUGGUGGUGCUUUUAGCGAGUUGGGUUUAUCCGGCUACAAGGGUCUGGAUGAGCCACGCAGUCGCGAAUUGGACACCGUGCUGGAGCAGGCAUUGAAGGAGGCCGAGGACGAUGCCACAUUCAAGAAGGUCAAGCGCAUGAGUUACUCCAGCAAUGCGGCGGGUGGUGAGCUACCACAACGUUUGGCACGCAUGGCUGGGCUCAAUCUACGCGAACCAACUGGCGGCGACUACAGCAACUCGCCGUUUGGCAGUCGCGGUGGCAGCCGCAUGAAUUCCGUGCGCAACUCAAAAGUGCAAGUCGACCUGAAGGCACUCGACAAGCUUGUAUCUAAUCUGCUGGAACAGCACACAGCGGCUGUCAAGAGCGGCGGUGCCGGCACAUCGAACGCACGCGGCACACAGCCACAUCAGCGCAAAACCUCAGUGAAAUUAAAUCGUUGGCGUCCCACAUCACGUUCGGCGCAUUCCUUCAAAACAGCCGAUAGUGGUGUGGCGGGACGCAGUGGUGGUGGCAACUUUGACACGGAGCUAAGGAGUGCACUGGGAGGCCUGGGUGGUAGUUUGGGUGCCAAUGCGAUGCCUACCAUAAUGGAGACGGGCAUCGGGGGAUCAACGCAACGCAAUAGCAUUGGAGGCGGCGUCGGCGGUGGAGGUGGUGGAGGUAGUGAUACUGGUGGUGGUGGCCAUAGUUGGUCGUCUUCGCUGGAGCGGAAUGCACGCGCUGCACGAAAUGUACUCGGUAACAUAGCGAAUGCGCCACAGCGGCGCAGUCAGUCCGCAAAUGAUGAGGAAACAUUAAAUUUGACAAAGAACUAUGUGCAGUGAGGGAAGAGUUGGCGGCAAAAAAUAUUGACGAACAUAGUCAAUUUGUCUUUCGGACAAAAAUCGAAUAUAUUAUUGUUAUUUUUGUUGUUAUUUAUUAGUAAUUAAUUAGAAAUGCAAUAAAAAUUAAAUUUCGCAAUUAGCAUGAAA